CAAAUAGGAUUUAUAAAUAAUGGAAAUGCAGAAGAGUCUGAGGCAUUGAAGUUUGUUGUGUCCCAAAGUAACACAAAAAACAACAUCUCAAUAACAUUAAAGGUUCUAAAUACAUCAACUUCUGUAGGUCUAUUUGAUCAAGGUAAGAAAUCUAGACAAAAGGUAUAUCAUUCUUUCUACGAGUUCUGGAUAAUAACCUCCAUGUAAAUACCAUGCACUCUAACAUGAGGCAUCAAUCAUGAUUCCACUAAAACAACAGAAUGGUCCUACAACCUUAUUAUAAAUUCAAAACUCUAUAUUAGUUCUACCCAAACUAGUAUAGGACAGUUUUUCAUAACAGGUACAAAGAAGGAUAAUAGCUAAGCCUGAUGGUUUCGUCAUCAUUAGCAAGAAUUAAAUAAAAGGAUAAAGAACUGGCAUGGGUACAAGACAACUCAAAUAUUUGAUUACCGUUAACAAAAUUAAUUUAAAUGGAUGACAGAUAGCUGGCAUGGCUACAAUUUAGUUUAACUGGUUAAUUAUCAUUCUUUGCAGCUGUUUCGGUGCUUCGCCAACAAAACGUCACCAUACUCGUUGAGGGAAGCCAUUUAAAAGUCUCCGCAUGCGCAAUCUCUUUGGUAAUGGGUGUUUCUGUCAUUCGCCUCCAUGGAAGCAACGGACAGUUUGACCAGUGUGAGAAUGUAGUGGAUAUGUCAGCGGGAUACAGAUAUUUUGCGCAUGCAACAUUUGAUGCAUUGAGCAUACUGAAAUGGCGGAAAGUUCUACUGAUCUUUGAUGGUAAUUUGAAAUAAACUAGCAUAAGGUUAUGACAGAGAACCUAUCAACCAAAGUGAAAAAUCUAUAUACCUGUAGUGUUGGACCCGAAACCCCACAAUUCAUCCCAUGAAGUGCAUCGCUCAUGUUAUCUUACCCAUUACUUCUUAUUGUUAUGCAACCCUCCUAUCCUAGAGUUUUCUUGCCAGGAAUCUUCAGGCUGUUUAUUCCUACUCUCCAGGAAUUUUUUCAGUGAACAGUUAAGCUUAUGUUAUAAAACUUAGCCUUGAUGCGUUUCGUUAUGUCUGUUGACACAGAGAGUCGCUUCUUUGAGGCUGGAUAUUUCUACUUCAACUAUAAGAAGUCAACUCUCACCAUGGAUUUAAUUCAGGUGCCCGAGACAAAAUACGCUGAAGACAGAGAAAGAAAAAUAUGGCAAAUAACAGAACAGAUACAAAGCUACCAACCGGAAAGUAUUCUUCUCUACACAGGGAAGGAAAACACAGAUAUGUUAUUGCAACAGGUGAGGGAAGUAUUCAAAUAUCAAAACUUAUUAAUUUGACUGAUUAAGAGCCGGCAGAUGCGACGAUCACUGACACAACAUUACCGGUAGUUAUAACAAUUGUUUUCUUUUGUUGUUUCUUUUUCGACGAGGAAACAUUUCUCAUUUUCACACUUGAGGACGAUCUCACAGUACGAGAGUUUGGUUAUUAUGCAGGAUCUACUGUCACGGUUUGAUCUUCUUUUUUAGAGUAUUCUUGCGAACUCUCUGGGCCUUCAGCAGUCUCAUCCAUAAAAUAUGAGCUGACGAUAUGUUAUCAGAAUUUCUACUCUCUAUUAUUACCAGAAAACAAAAGAUUACCUCUUGCAGAAGUGUAUUAAGUACUUUUGGGGAAAAAAAUAUUUCAAUCAGCAAAAGUUCAAAGGAGUCAUACGCAGUUACGGUUUUUUAUUUCAUUUGUGUCAGGUUCCUCGUCAAAGGCAUUUUCCGUAUCAGUGGAUCCUCCAAGAACAGGUACCAAAUAACUUGAGUAUGCAGCACUUGAAAGCAUGAAGCUCUUCAUUAAUUAUAAGUGAAAUGUUAUUGAAGGCUCUGAUCAUGAAUUUGACUCGUUCGUUUGCACAGGUAUCCCAACACCAGAGAAGUCUUCCUGACAAUGUAGUCUUGGCAUUUAAGCUCCCAUACGAAAGCAGCUUUGUUAAUAAACUCUUUGGAUCAGCAAAACAAGAAAAACUCAAAUAUAUCAACAAGGUAAAAUUGUUGCAAACUUAGGAGUCAUGACAUUGUUAGAUAAAUAAAUCUUCUCUUGGCAGUAAUGAUUAUCAGAUUUUCUUACAAAUUAAAUGGUGGUCUAGUUCACAUGCAGUUAUUUGGGUGACCAACCAUGGUCUUCAAGUUUUAUUUAUACAUCAUUUUUAGCUUUACAGAUCUAGGCAACAGUAAAACGUAACCUUUUCCUUGUCAAGGGACUUUGACUAACAUAUUGAAUAACUAGUUAAGUUUGGUGAACAGUAAAACAUUCAAGAAGCUGUCUACCGAUCGCUCUUUUCUUGUUGAUAUUUGUUGCAAGAUCACAGUCAAGCAUCUUUUGAUGUCCAUUAAAAAUAACAAGACAAUUACAUCAAUGUCAACUAAAGAAAUAAUAGGCGAGCUAAACUGAGUAUCUCAUAUACCUAUGCAAUAUGACAACAGGCCAGCGCUAUACGAGUUUUUUAGCUAACCAGCUUACAAGUCUUACAACGAUAAAACAGUUAUUCACUCUUUUCCCUUCUGUUCUGUCAUCAUGGGGUUUCUAUAACUAAAUUCCUAAUCUUUCCUCAGGAUUAUGUUGCUGUGGCACACGAUGCAAUAAAGGUUAUUACCGAAGCUUUAAAUGAGAAGCCAUGUCUGUCACUGAAUGGAAAAGAUAGACUGUUACCUGAUACAGAGAUGUUUAACUGCAUGAGAAAGGUGAUAAGUCUGGUCUGAAUUAUUAAUUUCUGUUCAUGAAGCACAAUUGCUUGUCUCUUUUAGUCUAUCAAUUUCCAAAAUUGUCGAAAUUGUCUUCAGUUUGAAAUUUCCGAGUUCAAAUUUUGAGAAGUGUAUUUUUUAUCGGUGGAUCUUCCGAGGAAGCCAUUGUCUAGCGCGUUUAAGUGCAAAUCUUUGUUCCAACUGUUUACCACGUGCGUGUGCGUGUGCGUGUGCGUGUGCGCGUGUGUGUGUGUGUGUGUGUGUGUGUUUGGGGGGUAUCUUGAUGUGCGUUGUUCCCCUAGUACAUCACGUGAUGGAAAUUCUAGGAGAGAUCGUAAAAGGGUUGUAUCAGCAUUCUCAGAUUACUCUGCCAUUUGCACCGACUCCAUACAGGUCUUUCUAUAUCACGGAUUACCAGUAGAGUUAAUGUGAUUUCUAAAGAGGAGUUACCUGAUCUUUGUUUGUGAAGUUUGUUUGUCUUUUUUAAGGUUACAUUCAACGGUAUGACUGGGUCUGUGCAGUUUGAUAACAGGGGAAGGCGAACAGACGUCUCCCUGGAAAUCUUAAAUCUUCGAAAUGAUUCUUUCCAAAAGGUAAGAUGAAGUUGAUCAGAUUGAAAAGUAUGGGUUUUAUUUUAUUAGGUUACCCACAGAUGCAGUGACUUAGUUUAAAUACUGAAAGGAAAUACGUCAAAAUGAUAAACCUUCGGCCUGUCAACUUCCAUCUCCAGUCUCCUCUUUAUUUCAAAGUUUCACACAAGUUACCAUAACUAACACUUUCCAGGCCAGCUCUUCGUAUGUUUUUUUUCUUUUUCACUGUAGAUUGGUUUUUGGAAUUCAACGGAACGAGCAGUUCUUUUUGAAGAUCCACUACCAAACACUCUACCAGGAUCGUCAAGUAAUGGAGAAGUAAACGGCAGACAUUUUAGGAUUGUAUAUGUUGAGGUAUUUGUAUUAAGAAGAUUGCAAGUGCGUUGAAAGGUAUUAUCAUUUACCACUGGAAGUAGCUUGGUGAUUAUAUUCAAGAAAGUUUGUAUCUAAGUAACCAACUGUAAUGGGCCUCUAUUUUUAAGCCUUGCGGCAAUUUUCAAACAAUUUAGUGCCAGUUAUGUCAUAGCAAACUGAAAUCAAAUAUAAUGAUUUCAGUCUCUCGGUACAUUCUAUCUCUCUCUAAUGGCGUUCGUUUAACACUCUUUUUUCCUUCGUGAAAAACAAAAUAGGAUCCACCAUUUAUAAUCUCAAAGAAGAAUGAAGAUGGGACGAUUUCACUUCAAGGAUACUCUAUUGAUCUUCUCAAGGAGCUGUCUCGAUCACUCGGGUUUACAUAUGAAAUGUAUCCUUCGCCAGAUGGAUUUUAUGGAACAGUGACGGAAAAUGGAACUUGGAAUGGCAUGAUAAGACAGAUUUUAGACGGGGUAAUUAGCUGAAAAGUUGACUCUCUUCUCCAAAAGCACUAGAUGUAAUAUUAACUUUUUACAGUUGUUAAAAUCAUCGUAACUCAGAUGACAACCACCGUAAUUAGUAAAAGGUUCAAAAGGAAACGCCUAUGAAGAAAUAAACUCUAACUGACAUUGAUGCCCGUAAAAGAUAAACAGCCACCAGAUCAGACCCUUUUUUAAGGUAGGCGGAAGGCAGCGCAAAGUGUGAGUGACGCGCAAAGCAUCAAGUGCGAAAAAAAACUGAAUACCAAAACAAAUCAGAGGUAACAGUAUGACAGUGUACCGCUAAAAUCCCUGACUUAGAUCUCAAAAGUUUAACUGACGACAAAAACGUUCACUUUUGCCUUCUUUAAGAAUGCGAACAUGGCGGCUGGAUCGAUUGCCAUCACUGAAACCAGAGAAAAGGUGGUGGAUUUCACUGUUCCGUUCAUGUAUUACACUGACGAUCUACUGGUGAAGAAGACAUCAACAGAGACAACCGAUUUAUUGCAGUUCAUGGAUCCAUUUGAAAAUGGCGUCUGGAUCGCUACUCUGGGAGUAGUGGCACUCAUCUCUAUUGCUGUCUUCGCAGUGAAUUAUUUCAGUCCUUAUGGAUACAAAGAUGAAAAUGGUAGAGGAACAUCAGAGGAGUUUAAUUUCUUUAACAGUGUGUGGUUUUCUUUGGCCUGCAUGCUGCAGCAAGGAGGAGAUAACACACCGAGGAAUUUAUCAGGUAAUGUUAGCACAGAUAUCCACACGGCAAUGAUUACUACUCAUAAGGUGAACUACAGAUAUAACACAUGUGCUAUCUGUGCUAUGCUAUUUUGUUCUUCCAUUGGUUUUGCGUGCGAAGGAGAAGCCAACACAACGCGGUAUUCUCAUCAUUUUAUCGUACAUUUUUGCGUAUUUUGUGGUCUAGAAUGGAGACUAUGGUAGGCUAAAAUGUAUUGUAGCUCGCUUGAUUGUUCUGACUGUUACUUUCUCAAAGCUAGACAAUAUAAUAAUAUAGUGAUGACUUCUCAAAAUCACUCAUAGUUCAAGUUCUUUUAACCCGUUAGCGCGUUCAGUACCAAAGGUAUUACUCAUUGGUCGUAUCUUGCUCACAGAUCACUAUAUAUAUUAUUUCGGGCUAAUAGAGAUAUUAAGAAUUCGGCUAAGCCAAGGAUAAAGAAAAGGAAUUUCAUUGUUGUGUAUCAAUGAAAAGUCAGUUUCAUGUAUAUUUGAUAACAGGAUUUACUGGUAUUUUCAUUUCUUUGUCAUGCUCUGUGGCGCAUUUUGCGGGCUAAAAUGGAGAUUUGUGAAGAGAUUUGUUAUUUUUUUCCAUUAGUUAUUUUAUCAACGCCUUCCAAAGUGAUAAAAUAGUUAUACAGUUAUAGAGUAAUACAGCCUAGAGGCUCCGGCUAAAAUGACUAUGAUUCGAACCCAAAUCAUAUUUAAGCCCGCGAACAUGAACCCCAUUGUUUUAUUAAAUGCGAGUUUGUCCCUAUUUCACAUCAGGUCGAAUUCUGACCGGUUGCUACUGGUUCUGUAUUCUUAUCUGGGUCUCAACUUACACAGCCAACCUUGCUGCGUUCCUCACUGUGAAAAAUGCAGCUCAGCCGAUCAACAGUCUGAACGAUAUUUUAAAAACUUCCUACAAAGUGGCCGUUGUCUCUUCCACCAGCGUGUAUUCAGCAUUUAAGACAACUCAGUACGAGCCGCAUAGGAAGAUUUGGAAUAGAAUCCAAGCGGAAAAAACAUUGGUUAAAAACGCACUAGAAGGAGUCCAGUGGGUUCGAGAGAAGGAUAAUUUUGCAUUUGUUUAUGACGGACCAGUCCUUGAUUACUUCGCCAUGCAGCGGCCAUGCGGCCUCAGAGUAGGUAAGUGAAAUAACUUGAAAGGGCGUGGUCAAAAUACCAAAGGCUGUGAGGCUCUCUUGUAGGAUUGAAUUGGUUAGAAUCAUCACUGGACUUUCACAGCGAGAGAAAGGGUUAAGUGGCCAGGUAUAAGACAUGACUAUUUUUCAGAUCCGUCAAUAAGCGUCUAAAUCAGUCUCUGACAGUUCUCUAAAAUUGUGCCUAUUUGUGAUUUUCAGUUCCAGGUCUGACCUCGGCCAAAGGUUUUGCCCUGACUUUUAGAGCGCAUGACCCUCACACUAAUAUAUUUACGCUGACUAUUCUGCACCUCCAUGAGAAUCAGUUUCUGGACUCACUGAAACGAAAAUGGUGGGAUGAUACCAAUGCUUGCUCUCAGGAACAAGAUACAAGUGAGUCAAUAAGGUUUUUAACCAUUUCAGUGCUUAAACACGGGCACUGA